GGGCGGGCAGUGAGAGAGCGGCGGGCGGAGAGGCAGCAACUACCGCUGGCUGCAAACUGGGCGCUAACUACCGCGGACACCGAGUCCGGGAAGGGAGGUGCAGACACAGACAGAGAGAGAGGAGGAAAAGGAGAGAAGCUGAACCGAGGAGCCACAAUUAUUCACGCAUCUGGGUGGCAGAUGGACAACAAGCUGCAGCCGAGGCUGAGCUGAGCUGAGCUAGCGGGGGAGACCUCUCCUCUCCUCUCCCUCCCAGAGGAGACACGGCGACCGCAGGAGUUGCUUUGACACCAGCGAAGCGGGGGAAAGGUGCAGCGCGGAGAGUGGGGACGCAGACCUGGCCGAGAAACACUGUUGCGGAGACGGGCUCCAUUCCUGCCCCAGUCCCUGAAGCGCCAGGCAGACAGGGGGGAGGCGGAGAAGGAUUGAGAUACGGGGCUGAAACUCUGGAGGAGGGCGAUAAGAAUACAUUGGUGGCGCGUCGCUCCGAGAGGCGUUGAAAGAUUCGCGGAUCUCCCGGCGAUCUCGUCUCACCUCAGCCUGGAGGAUGGCUAAAUGGGACACGCCGUGGAAGUAUUACUGGGGAGUUAUGUUCGCACUCUGCAAGAGCGCCUUGCCUUUGGCCAAGAGUUUGGACCCGGUCGCCUGGCAUUCCCAGAACGCAAAGUUCCAAUUUGGAAAAGGCCUGGUAUUGCACCCAGAAAUUGGUGACAGGCUGGAUAUAAUCUGCCCAAAAACGAACAAUCAAGGCCAAUAUGAAUAUUACAAGUUGUACCUGGUGACCAGGGACCAGUCAGAAACAUGCAGAACCAUCAUCAACCCCCACUUGCUGGUCACGUGUAGCAAACCUGAUAAGGAUAUAAAAUUCACUAUCAAAUUCCAGGAGUACAGCCCCAAUUACAGGGGGCUGGAGUUCAAAAAGGGCCAGGAUUACUUCAUCAUCUCUACAUCAAAUGGGUCGUACGAAGGUUUGGAGAACAGAAAUGGUGGAGUGUGUAAAACUCGAUCCAUGAAAAUAAUUAUGAAGGUUGGACAAGAUCCAAACACAAGACCACCGCUGAAAGAGAAAGAUCCUACCAAAGCACCAGGUAAAGGCCAGGACAACACAGUGAAGAACGUUGUCUCCCUCUGGAAAGACUCAUCUUCAGAAGAGAAAUCUGGGAACACAGCCACCGACAGUCAGAUUAAAGACAAGCUGAACAACAGCGGAGGAAUCUUUGGCUCCAAAAUGGCGCUCUUUGCUGCAAUUGGGGCUGGAUGCAUCAUUUUCAUCCUCAUCAUCAUCUUCCUUGUGGUGCUCUUAAUAAAGUUCAGAAAGCGACACAGGAAAAGUUCCCAGCAGAGGUCAGCUGUCCUUUCCCUCAACACCUUGGCCAGCCCAAAGUGUAGUGGAAAUAGCGGCUCAGAGCCCAGUGACAUUAUAAUCCCGCUGAGGACUAAUGACAACAACUACUGUCCUCACUAUGAGAAAGUUAGUGGCGACUAUGGCCAUCCAGUCUACAUUGUCCAAGAGAUGCCUCCACAGAGCCCUGCAAAUAUCUACUACAAGGUUUGACAACCAAGACACAGGAGAAUUUGGAAUGGUGCCUGGCCUGCUUAAUGAUAUCUAAAGCUUCUCCUGAAACGUACAGACUUCCCGUAUACAAAAUGUGUUUGGGAGAGUAUAGAUAAGACUAUGACAGUGGCCAUCAAGGAAGGUUUCAGUAUUACGUUCAGCAAACUUGUGUUUUAAAAAAAAAAAGAGAAAAAAAAAGAAAAAAAAAAAGAAAAAUGGAAGAUGACUUUUUCUUUGUUCCAAAGGAGGCUGAAGAAUGGCUGUUCCUGCAAGGCCAGGAUCUUAACUUCUUUGCUUUGUUUUUCACACAGCCGUUCCCUCGGUUUGUUAAAGGCUUGAGCGAGGGAGGAUCAUGCCACACAACUCUCCCUCAUCUCUCUUCUAUUUCCAAAAUGGUAGAAAGGUUUGAAAAGAAGCACGAAGAUGAAAAAAGCCUUGAAGUGUCGAGUUGCGAGGAGAAGCCUUGUGCUUAAAUUCUAAACCAGGAACACCUCCGAACAAACUGAGGAUUAUGAAGCAGUUGGUUCUCUGUGGCACAGGGGACCUGGAGCUGCUUCACAUAUUUUUUUGAACUCCAACUGCUCAGGUGACGAGAGACUUGCGACGCAAAAACUCUUGAUUUGGGUGGGGGUAGGGAUGCUGGGGGAAAAGGACAUUUCAUCUUUUCUUUGCCUGCCCAUUUGAGUCACCCCCCCCCCCCCCCCCCCCCCCCCCCGCAUCAUCUUGUUUCUCGACUUUUGAUUAAAUGAUAUGUUUUUGAUGUAUUGUGAUCUAUGUAAAUUAUAAACAUGCUUAUCAAUCUAUUAGUUUAUAUACAAAUCCAGCUUUCGCCUUUCCCCAAUUCCUUAUAAAAAAAAAAUAUUUUGUCAAGAAAUGCAUAAGUAAGUAGCAAAGAAAUGUCAGACGAGCUUUGGCAAUUGGGGCAUAAUUGAUUGCUAGUUGGUCUUAAGGUUAGCCUAAUUAAUGUCCAACAUAGGAUUUGUACUUGUCUUGUUGGGCUCUGCCCCAGUUGGCCUGGGUUUGCCUGGUAGAGGUAUGCAAGAAAUGAUCAUCUUCCAGGAAUGCAGUAUUUGUCGAUGGUGGCCAGGUAGCCCUGACUCUGCCAUUUGGUCCAUGGAAUAAUCGAGUUGUAAUUUUGCUUUCUGUUUCAAAUUGUACAAAGCAGAGGGAUGGCAGGCCAUUGUUAAGGGAGGGAACCGCUUCACUUUUUCCCUUCGCAGGUAUAGUUACAGGCUCAUUAUAUAUAUUGGUGCAGGGUCCAUGUGUGAUAGCGGACACUCCAGUUGGGAGUGGGCUUACCGUUGUGAAUCUGUGUACAAGGGCCCAGAGGGAGCAGAAGCUAAUCUCUGCCGUCUGGUUUUGAGAGAGAGCUUUUCACGACGUAUAGAUGAAUGAGGAUUUUCAUCAAGAUGAUGUGAGAGGCUUCAAGCUAGUGGAAUGGAAUGCCCUGCUGUAAGGCAAGAUUGACUCGAAAUGGGAUCCCCUUCUUGGGUUUUAGCCCAGUGGGUGAGUAUGUGACCCUGGGCAGCUCUUUAGUUUCUUGUGGCUACAGAAAUAAAAUGCUGAAAGCUCCCGGAUCUUUCACUGAAACAACUUGAAGGUAGGAGAUUGUUCAACGGCUCAGCGGGCAACGUCAUUUCACGUCUCAAAAACCGGUUUGUUUUUCUUUCCACUUCCCCACAUAAUGAGGGAGUUUACUGUCAUAUCGAAAAUAAAUAAAACUUUAGCUUGUCCAACAAA